GGAAAGCAGGAAUGCCAGAGGAAGAUGGUCUGCCAGGACCACGAGGAAUGCCAGGACCACCAAGUCAACAUGGUAAGCCAGGUAUCAGAGGAGAAAAGAUUUUUUAUUUUGGUUAUUUUUGUUUGCACCAAGCAAUCAUAUGA